GAUGUAAACAAAUUCUGUAGACGGCCUGACAACCCUAGCCUUGUUUACAAUUUUUGCGGCUGCCGCAUGCAAACAAAAAGUUAAUAUAAAAGUAAUUCAACCAGCAGAACCAGCCACAGUUUUACAUGAGCUGCCCGGGACAGAGCCACGCGUCCGGAGGCCCAAGAAGUGCAAGCGGCCAUCGAAAAGUUUCAGCAGAAAUCGGGAGUUCGCAGCCAAAUUCUUGGCGUGACUGCAGCGCAUUAAAUCACCGGAGUCAGCAAGAACCGGAAGUGCAGCGCGAAACGAGCAACUGGUGGCCACUGCAAUGGAGGUUUAUGCCUGGGGUGCCAAUUCUCACGGCCAGCUCGGCCUUGGCUUUGAGUCCGAAUUGUGUAUGACACCACAGCGGGUGGCCAGGUGCUCCUUCUCCGCCCCCCUGGUUCGGUGCAUUCGCGGCGGUGGUGGCCACGUCCUCAUCCUCGACUCCAAUGGAAGAGUACAUGCCUGCGGCUGGAACAAUCGGGGCCAACUGGGUCUGGACUCCACUGAGGAGUGCCAUAACGAGUUCAAAAUGAUACCCACAGAGUACUUUGGAGAAGUACCUGUGGACAUUAUCAGCUGUGGCUGGGACAUAUCGGGAGCCAUUACCUUGACCAAAAGGCUGUACGUUUGGGGCUCGAACGCCUUUCAGCAACUAGGAAUUUGUCAGCGGGGUUUCAUGGCCGUCCGGAGACCCAUGCCCGUAAAGCUCCCGAGGGAGGAGCUUGUCCAUCGGAUUAGUUUUGGACUGAGACACUGUGCUGUUCUGACACAAGACAAUAAGAUCUAUGUGUUUGGGAGGCUGAGGAUUAUGGAUCCACCCCCCAUCGAACUGGAUAUCACGGCCACCUGCCUGCACCGCUGCAACACCAUGAAGAUCCAGGCCCACAACCCCAACGAGCUGAAGAUAGUUUCCCUUUCCAGUGGCCAGAACCACAUGCUUCUGAAGUGUGUCGAUCUCAGUGAAGCCGGAAAGGGCAGUACAAAAAGAAUCCUAACCCUUGGAGACAACAAGUUUGGUCAAUCGAAUGCGUUUCAAUUUGAGGAGGAUGUCCGCCAAUUAGCCGUUGGCUGGACCCACAAUGCCGCGGUUCUGAGAAACAAUGAGAUUCUACUAUGGGGUCGUAAUUGCUAUGGUCAGUUGGGAAUAGGGUCCUUCAGUGACCAACAGGCCAUACCCUCUCCCAUGCGCCUUAAAUUCUCUGAGGAUUCCCAUCCAGCCAGAAUCCAUAUGGGAGCAGAGCACGGAUUGCUGAGGACCACGACCGGAGAGGUCUACACUUGGGGAUGGAACGAGCAUGGAAAUUGCGGAAAUAACAGCACCGAAAAUUUAUGCACCCCUACCCUCGUGGAGCUUCCUGGCGCCGCGAAGUUGGCCGGAGCUGGAGCUGGCUUCUGUUACGCCAUUACAGAGACGGAUUCUGUUAACUGACUUCCGCCAGCCUACGCUACUUCCGCUACGCUUGCGCUUUUAACCUGUCCGGCCUUGUUGAAAUAAUUGUAUUAAAUUUUGUAAACGUUGUUCAAAUAAAGUGAUUAUUGUUUUUUUGUUUAAAAAA